AUGGCGAAAAAAAUGGCGGAUCUGAGCCGUGUUGAUGUAGAUGACGUUCUCAUUGCGUUGAAAAGUAAUGGUCGUUAUCAAAUUUUCAUGUAUUUUGCGAACACGUUUGUCUAUUUUUCCGAGGCUUUCCCAACAUUGAGCAUCGUUUUCUUGGGGAAGGCAAAUCCUCAUACGUGUGCCCCUCCGCCUGGAAUUUACGGCAACGACUCCGACUACGUGUUAGACCAGUGUUCAAUCACCUUCACAGAUAACGAUACUGGUAUUAAAAACGUUACAUCCUGCCUCUACGGUUAUCAGUAUGAAUAUCCGAAAGAUAUGUCGGUGGUUUCUUACUUCGACCUAGUUUGUGAUCGAGCCGCCCUGAAUGAUUUUUCCCAGACCCUGAUGAGCCUAGGAAUGGCUGUUGGAUCGUCCACCUUCACGAUAGCUUCAGAUCGGUACGGGAGAAAACCAGUCAUCAUUCUGGCUCAAAUGCUGGUUUUGGUUUCUGGAAUCGGAUCAUCGUUGGCGCCAAAUUAUAGUCUGUUCGCAGUGACGAGGUUUUUAUCUGGAGUAGGAUCUUCGGGUAUGAUUUUGGCAGCAGUGACCUACCUCAUCGAAAUCUUCCCACAUCAUCAAAGGAGAUAUGUUGGAAGCUUUGGAUUACUGACGUGGACCGUGUGUGUAUCAUCUCUGUCACCAGUGGCAUAUAUUGUGCGCAUGUACAGCUGGCAGAUUGUCAAUUUAACGCUGACGUCUGUUUCUCUUUUUUCUCUAGUACAGUACUGGAUAAAUGAUGAAUCAAUAAGAUGGUUGGUCGCUAACAACAGAUUAGAAGAGACGGUACGACUGGUGAAGAAAGCUGCCAAAAUGAACAAGAUCAAUGCAAAUGAACCAUUGAAGAUAAUUUACGAAAAUAUACCAAUAUCGAAUGAACCAGAUGGCGCUCUUAACACGGGUGAUGAGUUUCCAGAGGUGACAACUCUCUUGACGUCUGAAAACAAAGGGAGAAAACUGAAAGAAAACAUCAAUGAAAACUACAACUUCUGUGAUCUAUUUAAACAUAGAAGAAUAGUGGUAACUCUACUCAUAGUGUGGUUUAUCUGGUUUACCAAUAGCUUGACGUAUUAUGGAUUAUUUUUAACUUCGUCCAGUCUAGCUGGUAAUCUUUACCUCAAUUUCUUCCUGAAUGCACUGGUCGAGGGCCCUUCAGCUCUGAUAUACUGGUUCACUAUUGACAGAUAUGGUAGAAAGAAGACAUGUAUGGCUUUUCAUGCUGUAGCUGCCAUCGGAAUGAUCGGGUCCACCAUCUUUAAAUUCUAUGAUACUCCUUGGUCAUCAGCCUUGUCCACUACCUUGUCCAUAAUUGGUAAAUUUGGUAUAUCAGGUUCCUUCAAUGUUAUUUUUAUGUAUACACCAGAAAUGAUUCCCACCAAUGUCAGAAAUCUGUGUUAUGGUACAGCGUCUGCAGCAGCACGUAUUGGUGGAAUGAUAGCUCCGUUUUCCAGUCUACUGGCUGGAAGUUAUUCAUGGGCUCCAGGAGCAAUACUAGGAAUAUGUUGUAUUGUAGCUACAAUAUUGAUCAUAUUUCUACCAGAGACGAUGGGAAAAGAGCUUCCACAAAACAUGUUGGAUCUCGAGGAUCUUUUUAAACCUAAGACAGACGUUGAGGACCGCUGA